AUGAAAAAUGACCGAUCUGUUCAAAUGCCUCAAUUAGUUCCAAAGCGAAAGGCCUUCUCGGAGUAUUCUGUCUCCCAAGUGAUGAUCAUGAUCACACUCGCUGUUUUUUAUAUUUUGACAUUUUGCCCUAAUUUAUGCAUCAUACUAGCUUUGAAUGUAACCUCAAAAGAUUAUUCUGUAGAUUGGAAUUUAGUACCUGCGUCGCCUCCUGCAGCUGCAAAUUCUCAAGACUCUAGUUUUGGCUCAUGUGUUUGUGAUUUGACCAAAAAUCAAUGUGAUCCUAACUGUUGCUGUGAUCCUGAUUGUGCCCAAUCUACAGUCGAGAAGACCUUCUCCAAAUGUUUGAGUCCAGUCUCAAAAAAGGACAUGAAUUAUAUGUGUGUCCAGAAGAGCUUGGUGACAUUUUCUAAUUUAGACACUCUAGGAAUUAGUACAAAAGAAGUGACCCAAGAUCCAAGUACUCCAUUAUUUUGUGUUUAUUUUGAAGGAAAAUCGGUGGAUGGUCAAUACUACUCAGUGGUUGGAGAUUUGGAUGCAACGACCAUUAAAAAAACAGUUGACAAGGAGGAUGCUUCAACAGUGUACAAACGAAUGAUAUCAAAAAAGAUUGUUUAUGAAACAGUUCCCACAAUUGGAAAUCAAAAAACUGAUACGUAUUUAUAUGGAGACAAAAUUCCAACAACCACAAGCCCCAUUUCAUCCACUCUGACAUUGACCUAUCUUACAGUGCCUAGGAGCCACAGCUCUGAGCUAUGUGACACGUCGUCAUUUGUUAAAUUUGCUCAAAGCGAUGAAUUCACUCAUUCUUGUUAUUGGAUACCAACAUCAGUAGACACUCUUCAAUCACGAUGUUCAAACCAGUUCAGUUACGACAAAUUGAUCAGUACUGUCGUUGGAACAGUGGCAAACCCAAACAGUAAUAAUUUUAAGGCAGUUUCUGUCGCUCAACUCAUUUCAGUAAGCAGCACAGGUGUGGAAACCGUACUAAGCAACACCAAUAUAGCAACCACUUACACUGUAGCUACCCAAACUUGUACCAAUGCAGUCAUUGGAAUGGGAUAUUAUUUUUCAACGACCGACACUGGUACAAUAUCGAGCGUCCAAUUGAUUGUGAAAGUUGCAACGCUUGUCAAUCCUUCAUCCGUUACUCUAACCAAUAAUGUUCAAUUUAUUAAUGGAACCAUUAACGACUAUUUGAUUGGCACCACUCGGCCUAAAAGCGGAAACCCAGGUUACAUUCGGAAAAAGCCUCUCCUCGCAGGAUACACUGUCACAAAUAAUCAAAAGAGCGCCAUUUAUCAACAAGUGGAUGGUCUUACAGCACCAACAGGAUAUGGAUGCUCAUCAAAGACCUCCAUUCUAUUUGAUGUGGACUCUGUGUACUCAUGUAGCCUCUCCCUCAACAUUUCAGAACUUCAAAGUUUAUGCCUUAAAAAUUCCAUCUCACAAUUGUCGUCUCCUGUGACACAAAUUGGACGUUACGGAAAUGCAGAUUACACGAACACCAAUGACUGGGUCGCAAUAUUGCAAGACUCCACACCUAGCUCUACUUGGGACUCGUUGAAAUCAACUUGUAAUAACAUUGCUGGAGGAGUCGAAUAUCAAGUUGUGAUUGCUAAAUCGGGCUCUGUUCAAAAUGAACAAUGGAAGGUACAAGGAGUCAAACGAGUCUAUUAUCCUCUCACAUGGGCAUUCACCGGGGAUACCACUUCGAGUAAUACGUUUUGGAUUGAGACAAGAGUGAGAUUUGUGCGAGUAUCAGGCCAAGAGACGAUUCAGAAAAACUAUCCAGCUCCAAACUUUCUUCCCUUCCUUCCAGAAGAUGUGUUUUAUCCCUUCUCUCUGAUUUACUCGUCAGACGCUCCAGGGUCAACCUUUACUGUGUCUAGCACGAAUUGGUUUCUCGUAUUGAUUUCGAGCUUGUUGACAUUCGUUUUGACUGUUAUGUAA